UUUGGGACUGUUUAUGCUGCUGUCGAUAAUGUAGAGAAGAAACCGAUCGCUGUGAAAAUUCAGAGGCCUGGAAGAAAACUCAGCCAGGUCGCGCUGGACGAGAUCAGCCUGCUGCGAGUAGUGAGAGAGAAGUUGGAGGAGGAUGAAGGAGAAAGUCCGAGAAGAUGCUCGGGAGGAAGGCACGUCGUGAGAAUCUUCGGUCACUUUGUUCACAAGGGUUUGUCGGGGAUGCAGGUCUGCACGCAGCUCGAGCUCCUCGGGCCUUCGCUCCUCGACCUGCUGAAGGACUGCAAGUACAAGGGUCUCCCUCUCCCUCUAGUCAAAGUCAUCACGAGAGAUGUCCUGAGAGGUUUGCACUUCUUGCACGAAAGAUGUAACAUCAUACACACGGACCUGAAACCGGAGAAUGUUCUUCUGUCUGUGAGACCUGUGCACGCCAAGAUUGUGGACCUGGGCAACGCUUGUCUAAAAGACAAAAAGUUCACUGAAGACAUCCAGACGAUUGAAUAUCGCUCCCCUGAGGUGAUAGUCGGGUCGGGGUACGAUGCUUCAGCGGAUAUGUGGUCACUUGCUUGCAUGGUAUUCGAGCUCAUUACAGGAGAAUAUCUCUUCGACCCCAAGGAAUGUACAGCACAUGGAAAGCUGCUCUACUCCCGCGAGGAAGACCUUCUAGCGCAUCAGCAGGAGCUGCUCGGCCUCAUGCCCCUUGCGCUGACCAAAGGAGGGAGGAGAUUCAAAGAAUUCUUUAAACCCAACGGAGAGCUUCGCAACAUCUUCUCCCUCAAGUUCUGGGCCCUGCCGCAGGUCUUGCAGCAGAAGUACAAGAUGAAGGAAGAGGUGGCUGCGCAGGUCAGCGACUUUCUCCUCCCGAUGCUCAAGUUCAACCCCAAGGAGCGAGCGACGGCCCUGGAGAUGCUCAAUCAUCCGUGGCUGACAGCAGAGGAGGAGGAGGUGAAGGCUGAGGUGAAGGAGGGAGCCGUCAAGGGAGGGCAAGAGGAGAGGAAGGAGGAGGAGGGGAGAGAGGAGUCGCAGGGAACAGAGAAGCGAUAG